AUGGCCGACCAUAUCAAGGUGCCACCAAUCGGCUCUCCGUUGUACAUAUACCUGUCCGAUAGCACGGGAACUCCACUUACACAAGUUAUUCUCACCGGCAAGAAUUACUCGACAUGGGCCAAGGCAGUGAGGCGUGCUCUAGAAGCGAAGAACAAAGCAAGCUUCGUGGAUGGCUCCAUCAAACAACCGGCCAGUGACCAUACUGAUUUUCAUUGGUGGAAGAUGGGCCAACACCUUGGAGUGUUUUCACAAGGCAACGUACCACUCAUAUUGAAGGCGGAGAUUAGUCUGCUCCGCCAAAAUGGGCGUGUUGUGACUGAAUACUUCACGAAAUUGAAGGGCCUUUGGGACGAACUCGCCGACUACAACGAUGUGAUCGUGUGCACCUGCGCUGGGAGCCUCAUAACAUAUGACCGGCACCAUGUACCCAUACGGGGACCUCGUCCAAUUACGACGACUGAUGGCGCGGUCUCCCAUGCCACUUUUCGUGGGACCCCCACUGGUCCGGAAUUCUCACCGGGACACGAUUACACCUCAACCUUACCACCGCUCGAUUCCACAGCUAUGGAAAGCCCAUUGGGCUCGCUCGGACCGACAGACCCUCCACAAACCAACAAUUCUGCCGAGCCUUCUCUAACUCGGCCAACCAUGUCCGAACCGACUGAUCCAAACACGCCGGUGCCCAUACUAGCGCAACAGGCUCCUCCAGCCACGACUGAGACCACCACUCCGACUACCUUGGCUUCCCCACCAGAGCCUCCAACUGAGAAUUCCACGCCAAUGGUCAUGGCUCCUCAACAGCCCCUGAUUGAGCUACCAGCGCGAGCCACUGCACCUCCCGAACCGCAUCAUCCGCGACGACCACCUCGCCCACGGCACCCGUCUGCCCGCCUCGACGAUUAUCAUUGUUACUCGGCUAUGCCGACCCCCUCUUGUCUCGUACCCUCUUCAUCGACUUCUUCAGGUACGGUCUACCCACUCGAGCAUUUUGUCAAUUAUAAUGGUUUUUCUCAGUCUCACUUGGCCUUCCUAGCUGCACUUGAUUCUGAAGUUGAGCCCAGGGAUACCUGCUUGUCAACUGCUGCGCCUCAACGCAUUUCGGGGAGAACCAGCUAG